AUGUAUCGUGCUACGAUUCUUCUAUGUUUAACGCUGGGUGUUGCGACUGAAAGUGUUCAUUGGCAGUGGCGAGAGCUGAUAUGCAAAUCUAAGGAUGCAAAAAACACGAAAGAUGCUUCUGAUUGUGAAGUGGUACUUAAAGAAACUGAGAACGACCAAAAUGGACGUAAAGCUCCGCUGAACACAUGUUUCGAUGAGACCGCUAAUGGACAACCUCGCCGCUACUGCAAUAUUCUCUGCCCAGGUGCAGCAACUGCUUACCGGAUCACACGACAACCACAAAAUCACAAGAGCUGUUUUACUCAUCUUACCUACCGUAUUGAGAGACGAGGAGAUAAUUUUUUCAUGUGGAGAGAUGGAAAGUGUCGAACCACUGACAUUCAAUUCACUAUCCGCUGUGAAUUCUCCUCUCCACGAUCCGAUUUUCUAACCGACGGGGAACUUUUUGCGAGUGCAAGAAAUGUGGUAUCAUGA